AAGAGGAGGGUCUGCAUGCGCGUUUCCGUGCGCGGUUCUCCUGCUGUCUGCUGCCCGGUCCAAGCCCUGUCUAUUCGCUGACUCAGUGCCUUAAGCAGCAUCACGGUCCAUCGGAACAGAGCUUCAGCAUCCUCUGCGGAGAAAUAGAUCAGCCAUGGCCAAAACUGUAACCGCAUACAAAGAGAAGAUGAAGGAGCUGUCUGUCCUCUCCCUCAUCUGUUCCUGCUUCUACCCAGAGACUCGCAACAAGCUUGUUUGCGAAUUCGAAGGUAUGGACAUGGAGGUUAAACCUAUAGACAAGCGAGCCUCGGGGCAAGCCUUUGAGGUCAUUCUCAAGCCCCAGUCCCCGGUGUCAGACCUAGCCCACAACCUCCCCUCUCCCCCAAAGAGGGAUCUCUCCCUGGAGGACAUCGAGAAGAAACUGGAGGCAGCUGAAGAGCGAAGGAAGUACCAAGAGUCUCAGGUGCUGAAGGCCUUGGCGGAAAAGCGGGAGCACGAGAGGGACGUGUUGCUAAAGGCCAUGGAGGAGAACAGCAACUUCAGCAAGAUGGCCGAGGAGAAGCUCCAGAUGAAGAUGGAGCAGAUUAAGGAGAACCGCGAGGCCCACCUGGCAGCCAUGUUGGAGCGCCUACUGGAGAAGGAGAAGCAUGCUGCCGCAGUGCGCAGGAACAAAGAGCUGCUGAGGGAAGAGCAGCUAGCAUGAGCUUCACACAACUCCUGUGGUCCGUCUUGUCGAACCCCCAUCCAUCCCCUGUCCUGCCCUCAACCUCUCCAAAACAGACACUCUGCCCUGAAGGCUGAGAGGCUCAAGAAACUCACCAUCACAACACUGCACACCUUGCCACAACUAUCCACAAACCUCAGUAUUAUCAGUGAAACAGGCAUCCAUGACACUCCCGCAACAGAAUAGAUUUGUUAAUUUCAUUUAGAGUGCAACCAUAUGACUUUUAUUUUGUAAAUAUUUAUCCUGUUCAUCUAGCUGACUAGUUAGUGAGCUUGCUAGGGAGCUAGCUGGCUAGCUAGCUAGCUAGUUGGCUAGAUAGCUUUCUAUUUAUCUCUCACUAGCUAGCUAAAUGGACGGAAAGCAAGAUCACUGUCUUGCUUGAUAGCCAGUAUGCUAACUAUUUAUCUAGCUAGCUAGCUAGCUAGCUAUGUAGCUCUCUAUCUGUUUGUCAUUGAUGAUUUUUGUUCUUCAGGUUUUACUCCACAACUCUUUUCAUGUGAAAGGCCUCAGUGUUGUGAGCUGGCAGUAGAUGGAUGAUUUUCAGUGUUUUCUGGUGAUGUCACGACGACAACGAUGAUGACGACGACAACAAUGAUGAUGAUGAUGCUCUUGAUCGGAUAAUGAUAUCUGUGUGUUUCGUGAAGAGUGACGGUUGAUGUGUGUACGCUGCGAAACUGGCUUGGACACGUCGCAUACCUCCCCCAUGCCACCCAUUGAGUCAGACCACUUCUCUAAGAUGACCUGUAUUGUUGUUAGGAAUGUAUUUGCCUAAAGGGAGUAACUAUUGGUACAUCUGCAUAUUCCCACUUUUUUCCCCGACCAGUCGUUUGCCAAAUAAACAGCUCUCCUAGGAUCAGAGUCUCUGGAGAUGAGUCUCACGAAAUGAAUGAAUGUUAUGAGACCAAACUGGUAUCAUGCACAGUGUCUUGGACAGUGGAAUGUGCUGUUGCUCCCAUCUUGAUAUUUGAUAGUGUGAACCUAAAGUAUGUCUGUGUGGACGAAUACUAGGCAUCAUUAGCAUCUUCUCUCUUUAGAGGUUUAGGUAGAUAACGGAUACAAGAAGCUUUACAUACAGCACACUGAAGUAGUCUCUUUUUAACCUUCAGUAUACCACUGAUAUUUGCCUGCGUAGUCUGCUGCUUGUGUUUUUUCCUCUUCAUAUUUUUCUCUGUGAAAGCUUUGCUGAAUAAAGGUUUGGGAGUCCAGUGAACAUGGCAUGCACCAUCUAUUACGUUUCUGUAACUAAACACAAAGGGAAUUGUAAACUGCCAAAUAAAAGAACCAGUUAUCUACACAUCUUGA